AGCAUUUAUUACCGAGGUUGCGAUGAGGUCACGGCAGAAGCCCAAAGCCCAAGCCCAAGCCGGCGCGAGACCGGAGUUUUAUUAUUCGUCAAUCCCACCUCCCACCAACGUCGGCUUGGACCUCAACAACCAUCUUCAGACGACUCAAGAUGGCGCCCUCGCUACCACAGGAUCCGGCCGAUCCCUCCAAGAAGAAGGCGCCCAGCGCCCUGCGCUCCAUCAUCGCCGGAUCUACCGCUGGUGCGCUGGAGAUUGCAAUCACCUACCCAGCCGAGUUCGCCAAAACACGCUCGCAGUUGAACCGACGCUUGGAGGCUGGCAAGAAGCUUCCCUGGCCCCCAUUUGGCUCGCAAUGGUAUGCGGGUUGCACGACCCUCAUCAUCGGCAACUCGGCCAAAGCUGGCAUCCGCUUUGUCGCUUUCGAUCAGUACAAGAGCAUGCUGGCUGAUGAGAAUGGCAAGCUCACCGGCCCGCGCACAGUCCUCGCCGGUUUCGGCGCCGGCGUCACAGAAUCGCUACUCGCAGUCACUCCUACCGAGAGUAUCAAGACAACCUUGAUCGACGACCGCAAACGAGCCCAACCACGCAUGCGAGGCUUUCUGCAUGCUGUGCCGAUCAUUGCAAAGGAGCGAGGGCUCGCAGGGUUCUUCCAGGGCUUCGUUCCCACGACCCUCCGCCAGAGCGCAAACAGUGCCGUGCGCUUCGGCAGCUACACAUCCCUUCGACAGCUCGCCGAGUCAUGGACCGCACCAGGCGAGAAGCUCGGCACCAUCUCGACGUUCACCAUUGGUGGUCUAGCCGGCUUGAUUACCGUUGCUGUCACCCAGCCUCUGGACACCAUCAAGACCAGGAUGCAGAGCCCCGAAGCCAAAGCAGUAUACGGCAACACCCUCCGCUGUGGCACAAUGAUCUUCAAGAAUGAAGGCAUCACCACAUUCUGGAGUGGCGCGCUCCCUCGUCUCGCCCGAUUGGUUCUCAGUGGUGGUAUCGUCUUCACCAUGUACGAGAAGAGCAUGGAAUUGAUGAACAGAAUGGACCCUGAAAUGCGGUACAUCUAGACCACAGGGAAAAGAGAGAAAAAUGGCGUUGGGGAUCUUAUAGACAUUGUUGGUGUUAUACAUGGGAUAUACAAGGGUAUCUUCAUUAUUGUAACCGAACCAUUCCCGACAGCUUCUUCCCU